ACUUGAAGAGGGUGCGGGAAGACGCUCCGAGUUAUCAUGGAGUUAAUGCAGGAAGCGCGGGAACUGGGUUGCUGGGCGACGGAAGAGAUGGGGGCGCCGGUCGCAGCCCGAGCCCCGGAGUCGACGCUGCGCAGACUGUGUCUGGGCCAGGGGGCCGACAUCUGGGCCUAUGUUUUGCGGCAUGUGCACAGCCAGAGGAGUGUCAAGAAGAUCCGGGGAAACCUACUCUGGUAUGGCCACCAGGACAGCCGAGAGGCCCGUCGGAAGCUGGAGCUGGAAGCCACUGUUGCUCGCCUGCGGGCAGAGAUCCAGGAGUUAGACCAGAGCCUGGAGCUGAUGGAGCAAGAGACCGAGGCUCAGGACAUGGCCCUGGAGCAAGCCCUUCAGAGCAUUCAAGACACCCAGCGUCGUGCUCUCCUCCUCCGGGCCCAAGCUGGGGCCAUGCGAAGACAGCAGCGUGGGCUGCAAGAUCCCAUGCAGCAGCUGCAGAAUCAGCUGAGACGUCUGCAGGACAUAGAGAGGAAGGCCAAAGUAGAUAUAACCUUUGGACCCUUGACAUCAGCAGCCCUGGGCCUGGAGCCUGUGGUCCUGGGGGAUGUCCGAACAGCCUACACCCUCCGGACCCAGUUCUUGCAGAAACUCCUAAUUCCUCAGGCCAAGGGAGGCAGCAUCCCAACCCCUCAAGAUGACUACUUUGGAGCUUCCUACCGGCAGUGGCUUAGCUCAGUGGAGACACUGCUGACAAACCACCCUCCGGGCCACGUCCUGGCCUCCUUGGAGCACUUGGCUGCAGAGCGGGAGGCAGAGAUUCGGUCCCUGUGCAGUCUGGAUGGACUCCGAGAUACGGAGAUAGCCAGGUCCCAGGUACCAGACCAGUCAGACUCCAGCCAGGCCCUGCCAUCUAUGGUGCAUCUCAUCCAGGAGGGCUGGAGGGCCGUGGGUGUGCUGGUUGCCCAGCGGGGCCCCCUUCUGAAGGAGCAUCAAAUCCUGACCCGGCGCCUCCAAGGCCUGAUGGAGGAGGUGAAGAAAUGUGCCCUGGGAUCCAGCGAGAGGCAGGCCUUGAUGCUGGGGCUCCGGGGCUGCGGCCUGUGGGCAGAGCUCAAGGCCCUGCGUGCCCAGAGCCAGGAGCUGGAGGAGGUGACUGGGCGGCGGCAGCUUAUGCUGCAGGAGCUACAGGCCAAACAGCAACGGAUCCUGCACUGGCGCCAGCUGGUGGAGGAGACACAGGAACAGGUCCGCCUUCUCAUCAAGGGCAACUCAGCCAGCAAGACGCGCCUGUGCCGGAGCCCUGCAGAGGUGCUGGCUCUGGUUCAGCGAAAACUCGUCCCCACAUCUGAGGCGGUGGCACCCCAGAGCCAGGAGCUACUUCGCUGUCUAGAGGAGGAAGCCCGGCAUCUGCCCCACCUUCUGUUGGGCACCCUGCUUCGGCACAGCCCCGGAGGAUUGCAGCCUCUGCCCACGGUCCUGCCAUCCAUCCACCAGCUGCAUCCUGCAUCCCCGAGGGGCUCCAGCCUCAUAGCGCUGAGCCACACACUGGGGCUGCCUGCAGGGAAGGCUCCGGAACUGCUCCUCCCAAAGGCCGCCUCUCUUCGUCAGGACCUUCUAUUCCUCCAGGACCAGCGGAGUCUCCGGUGCUGGGAUCUGCGCCACGUGAAGACCAGCCUGCCACCAGGACCAUCCACCCAAGAGCUGCUGCAGAUCCGGGCAUCCCAGGAGAAGGAGCAAAAAGACAAUCUGGGGCAGGCUCUGAAGCAGCUGGAGAACCUGCUGAAAAAAGCACUGGAGCGAAUCCCCAAGCUACAGGGGGUUGUGGAGGACUGGUGGGAGCAGCCAGGCCAAGCCGCCCUGUCCGAGGAGCUCUGCCAGGGCCUGUCCCUGCCCCAGUGGCGGCUGCGCUGGGUCCAGGCCCAAGGCGCCCUACAGCAGCUGUGCAGAUGAAAAGGGGCCUCCAACAGGAGUCAGGAGCUUUCAUAUUCACCCCUCCAUGAGACCUUUGGAAGACAGUAUCACCUGGAUGUGUCAACCCAUUCUCUCUACCCACACUUGCUGUCCUCCUCACAGGCAUUUCUGUUCUUCUCAACUGCCUUGGACCUGUCCUUUCAUCCCAUCAAAGCCAAGAGAAUGGGGUACUCUGGACCCCACCCUAGGUCCCCCUGAAACUCCUCUCAUCACUCUCACCCUCAGCAAAAAGUCAUUGAGCACCUGCUCUAAACACUGAGGAUCCAGCACUGAACAAAAUGGACAAAAGUCCCAGCCUUCAGGAAGUUGUUCUAGGACAGGGAAGCAGACCCCUGACAAGUUAAGUGAGCAAAAUAUGUGGUAUGUUGGAAGAUAACAGCUCUGGAGAAAAAUAAAGCAGGCUGUAGGAGGUGCAACUUUAGAUAGAAGGCUACACACACCCUGUAAAGGUAAUGAGAGGGACGCACGUGGGCAUCUGAGGAGGGUUUGUGCGGGGCUGGAGUGGGAAGGAGGCUAGAGCUCAGACAAUGGCCCUGAGCUCAAAAUGCCAGUGUGAGGGUUGAGGAG